AUGGUAAAGCAAAACUUGGGCAAGAUCAAGAAGGACUUCAGAGCCCUGGAGGUACAAGUCAAGUGUACAGGUGCCCAAGUGAUCUCCUUUGUCUUGGCAGUCAGAGAUGGGGUGCAGGCAGAAGUUGCUGCAUCAUGCAGAUCAAUACCUGGCUUUGUGGAUGGUGUUGUCACCAGGGCUUUGGUUUCUACGAUCAUGGGAUGGCCUUCACAAAUGCAGCCUGUUGAGGAGAGACAUUAUAAGAAGCGUUGCCAAGGCCGGAUGAGGAAACACGUUGGUGACCUGUGUUUACAGGCGGGCAUGUUACAAGAUUCCUUGGUCCAUUACCAUAUGGCGGUGGAACUUCUGCGGUCUGUGAAUGACUUCCUAUGGCUUGGAGCUGCUCUGGAGGGUUUAUGCUCAGCAUCAGUCAUCUAUCAUUAUCCAGGUGGGACUGGAGGUAAAGUUGGAUCUCGCAGGGCACAAGGAGGUUCUCUUUCUGCUGAGGCAGGCAACAGGCACAGACCAGGUGCCCUGACUUCAAAUGGUAUAAAUGCAGAUACCAGCGCUGAGAUAGGCCGUGCCAAGAACUGCCUUAGUCCUGAGGAUAUCAUAGACAAAUAUAAAGAAGCCAUUUCUUACUAUGGCAAGUACAAGAAUGCUGGUGUGAUUGAACUGGAAGCCUGCGUGAAGGCAGUCAGAGUCCUUGCAAUACAGAAAAGGAGCAUGGAAGCCUCUGAGUUUCUUCAGAACGCGGUUUAUAUCAACCUUCGUCAGCUUUCAGAAGAAGAAAAAAUCCAGCGUUACAGCAUCCUUUCUGAGCUGUACGAACGCAUCGGUUUUCACCGCAAAUCUGCCUUUUUCAAGCGGAUAGCAGCAAUGCAGUGCGCUGCACCCAGCAUCCCCGAACCUGGCUGGAGGGCCUGCUACAAAUUGCUUUUGGAAACUCUCCCUGGCUAUAGUUUAUCGUUGGAUCCUAAAGAUUUCAGCAAAGGAACUCACAGAGGAUGGGCUGCAGUACAGAUGCGUUUGCUUCAUGAACUAGUCUAUGCUUCCAGAAGAAUGGGCAAUCCUGCUCUCUGCGUCAGGCAUCUCUCUUUCCUUCUCCAGACCAUGCUGGAUUUUCUUUCUG